UUUAAGAUAUCUCUGCCAUUCAUUGCAAGGAGCUUACAAUGAUGCGUUUUACUCUUUCUAAGAAAAUGUAACACAAAAAAGUUAAUAUGAGUUUAGAGAUAAAUUAUGUAGUUCAUUUCUAUAACUGAAUCAUAAUUUACAGCAGUAAUACUUAAAAAUACGAUUCCAAUAUACAAAAAGACACUUUAAGAAUUAAAAACAUAGGAAUCCUCAAACUCUCCAAUCAGAAUUUGCUUUCUUUUGCUUAGCUACUGUCAUGUCUCAGCAACAUUAUAAUAUUCUCUGUUUGAAUGUCUUUUUCUGCGUAAGGAAGGGGAUGGGAAGGUUUAAUUUGUUGGAAGGGAUGAAGAAAGCUCGGCAGCUGAACAACCAUAACCAUGUCUCUCCUCUAUGCUAAAAGCUCGUUGUCCUCUGGAAGACAAAACGGCUUGUGCCAUUAAACAGAGCGGGGCACUGUUACCACGUGUUAGGUUAGAGAAAAGCUGAAGAUCGUUGUCCUAUGACAAUGAAGUUUAUGGUUGUGGAAGUAACUCCAGUGUCUACCAAUUAUCAUAGAACAUAUGCUCUCUAAAGUACAGCAGUAGCUUCAUAAAAAUCAAUAUUCACCUUACCAUGCAUGAACCGGGGAGUUAGAAAAUCAUAAACCCAUCCGGUUUGACCAAACCGCAUUAUUGUGCUGAAGAACCAAGGAAGUCCCCCAAAAAAUAUUAUAAAUAUCUGAGGGGAAGGAAGAUUUGAUUUCACUUAUUUUACAGAGAGCGAUAGAGUGAGAUCUUAGGGUCUUUUUACAGAGAUUUCUAUCUGAUAUGGAUUCGAUGGGAACUCAAACAACUGUUUUGGCUGUGACGGAUGAUGUUGUCUUGCCUGUUAGCUCUGUUUUAACUGUGAUGAAAGUUGUCGGAAAGGAAGGGGUCGAACGUUGUGAUCCUAUGAUUAUUACUCAAGCCUCCACAAUAAGUCAGGUUCCUUUGGAUUCUUCCUCAGUGGACACUGUUUUAGCCAUUUCCACAACAUCUGAGUUCCCUAGUGAUAAAAUAUAUGGCGAGUUCUCAAGAAUUUUAAAGCCUGGUGGUUCUGUUUUUGUGUGCACCAAUUCGGAGGGUGAAAACGUAGAGUUGCAACAGACCCUUCAAAGGAGAGUGACGUUGGCUGGUUUUAUGGAGCCACAGUCUCUUGAUUUGACAUCAAUCAAGCUGCCUAACUUCAGCUUAUCCGGUGGGAUUAAGGCUAAGAAACCUUCUUGGAAGAUUGGUUCAUCAUUUGCUCUCAAAAAGCCUGCAAAAACUCUUCCUAAGGUUAAUCUAGACGAUGACUUGGAUCUUAUUGAUGAAGAUUCUCUUUUGACAGAGGAGGACUUGAAGAAGCCACAACUUCCUGCUGUCAGUGGUUGUGAGACCACUAAAAAAGCUUGCAAGAACUGCGUCUGUGGUAGAGCUGAAAUAGAGGAGAAAGCUGUGAAGCUGGGCCUCACAGAGGAUCAAAUUGAGAACCCACAAUCAUCAUGUGGCAGCGUAAACUUCUUUGCUCAUCUCUUUCUCUGUAUGCAUUAAUUUUUUGGAUCCACAAAAGACUGAAAAUUUC